GAGGCGCGGACGGAGCCGCCCUCCGGACGCCGGACAUGGGCCGCCCGCCGCCCGCGCUGCUGCUGCUGCUGCCGCUGCUGUGGCUGCACACCUGCCUUCCAGCCUCCCAGGGCCUGCGGUGCGUGAGGUGCGAGCGCACCGGGGCCUGCAGCGAGGAGGAGUGCAUGCCGGGCCGGGCUCUCUGCCGGACCACGGCACUGCGCGUGUGGGAAGGAGGGGAGGAGCUGAAGGUGGUGGAGAGAGGCUGUGCCCACCCAGAGAAGACCAACAGGACCAUGAGCUACCGAACCGGCCCGCAGAUCAUCACGCUCACGGAGACCGUGUGUGCGUCAGACCUGUGCAACAAGCCCACACCUGGCCAGGCUCCCUCCUUCCCCCGAGGCCGCUACCUGGAAUGUGCUUCCUGUGCCUCCUCGGACAUGAGCUGUGAGAGGAGCCGGGAGCAGAGCCUGCAGUGCCGGAACCCUGGAGACCAGUGUCUGGAGGUGGUGAGCCACCGAAGCCAGGAAGGGAGCCUGCGGGAUGAACACCACUCCCGCGGCUGUGGCCACCUGCCUGGCUGCCCGGGGCCCACGGGCUUCCACAACAACCACACCUUCCACUUCCUGCUGUGCUGUAACACCUCCAACUGCAACAAGGGCCCAGUGCUGGAGCUGCACAACCUGCCGCCCAACGGCCUCCAGUGCCACAGCUGUGAGGGCAACAGCACCCACGGGUGCUCCUCGGAUGAGACGACCCUCACCGACUGCCGGGGGCCCAUGAACCGGUGCCUGGAGGCCACCGGCACCGACGCAGAGUUGAAGGGAGCGGGGGAGAGACAGAGAGCUUCCAUCCACUGCUUUGUUCCCCCAAUGGCUGCCGACAGCCCGGGCUGAUCCAGACCGAAGCCGGCAGCCAGGCGCUCCGUCCAGGCCUCCCACGUGGGUGCAGGGGCCCAAGCGCUUGGCCCAACCUCUGCGGCUUCCUCAGGCCCUUUAGUAGGGGCUCGGAUCGGAAGUAGAGCAGCCGGGACUUGAACCAGCGCCCAUAGGGAGGUGCCCGCGGGGCAGGUGGUGCCGGCCUGCCGAGCCACAGCGCCGGCCCCCUCUCUGGUCUUAACAUUCUCUCAGGCGCCUAAAAAAAAAAAAAAAAAAAAUCACUGUUUGUGUGAGUGGCAUCCAUACCUAUAUACGGCGCUGGAAUUAGAACUGAGAAAAACUCUAACGGCUUAUUUAUUCCUUCUGCAGUAACAGUUAUAGCUAUAGCUGUAAGAAAAGUCACAUAUUUCUCCCAUGAAAAACGCCUGUAUUUCCCCCAAACAACAACACAAAGCGCGGCGAGAAGCCUGGCAUUGUCUGCGCCGCACAUGGCCCGAGUGUCUGGCUAAGAGAAGACAGCUGGGGCCCUGCAUAUGCUCAGCCUUCAGGCUGCGUCCUGGGGUUUCUGGAACACUCCGCGGAGGACGGGGAGGCCAGGCCAGGGCU